AUGGCUGUCAAAAAUGAAAUCCCCGAAACAAUGCUCGCUGCAGUCAUAGAAGCUUUCAAUGAGCCUAUCAAGAUCCAAGAAGUGAAGGUUCCAGAUACGCCCGAUGAAAGGAUUCUGGUGAAGAUCGAAGCGGGAUCGCUUUGUUCCUCUGAUUUGAUGGCUUGGAAAGGCUAUAUGCCUUAUCUUACCUCUCUGCCUUAUUGCGGCGGUCAUGAACCUGUGGGUACCAUUGUCAAGAUUGGCUCCGCAGUUCGUGGGUUCACUGUGGGCGAGCGAGUGGGCUUUAUCAUGUUCACAGAUAUGUGCGGAGUCUGCGACGAAUGCUUCUCCGGGGAGCAUCGCUAUUGUGCACAGAAAAAGGCCAUUGGAUUUCAAGAUAGCUAUGGUGGUUUUUCAGAAUACUCGCUAGCAGAUCCACGUUCCACGGUCAAACUUCCAGAUGAAUUGAGCUUCGAAUCGGCUGCUCCAUUGUUUUGUGGCGGAGUGACCGCGUACAGUGCAUUGCUCAGGGUCCGUGCUUCACCUGGACAACUGAUCAACAUCAUCGGAUGCGGAGGCGUUGGUCAUCUUGCUAUCAUGUUUGCCAAGAAGAUGGGAUACCGGAUUCAUGCUUACGACAUAUCCGAGGAGAAACUAGCGCUGGCGAGGGAUUGCGGUGCCGAUCAGGCGUUUGACUCGCUGAAUCUACCCUCCAAUCCUGAGAAAGCCGCCUCGACACUUGUGAUUAGCGGUGCCAGUGCAGCGUAUAACUCUGCUGUGGGCCUGACUGCAAACCAUGGUGCUGUCGUUGCUGUUGGAAUUCCUCCAACUGAUAUACAGGUCUCUGCGAGCAAUACCGGCUCCAAGGCGGAUCUCAUCGCGCUGCUUGACCUCGCAGCCCGACACAACAUUAAACCAGUUAUUGAUGUACGAAAUAUCAGGACAGUCAACGAGGCUUACCAAGAUCUUGCCAACGGGAAGAUUGACGGACGUAUUGUUUUCAAAUUCAACUGA